AUGACAACCGCCACCCUCAUCGUCAACAUCGGCGUCUUGAUCCUCCUUCUCAAAGAGAAAACCUUGCGCACCCCGUUUAACCAGUACAUCAUCGCGCUCCUGUGCAGCAACAUCAUUUUCAUCGGUCUUGACAAUCCACUGAAAAUCCUGACUUUUUCCUUAGAAGACUGGUGGCUGGGCAGCGACGCCUGCACCGUACACAUUUAUUCUAUCUACGUCGUGGCGGCCGUGACCUUACACAUCCACCUCCUCAUCAGUAUCAACCGGGCCUGGGCGUUGUUCUGGCCCAUCGGUUAUAAAAACCGUCAUAAUGCGAUGGUGGCUGGUUUGCUGUGUUUGGCAAUGACGAUUUACGUCCACAUCCUUCUGUUGCCGGUGGUGUUCGGCGGAGCGCAGUUUCGACAGUCCAACGCCCGAGGUUGUUAUUUAAUCAUACCUGGGCAUUUCGGGUGGUCGACAUUUGCAGCGGUGUGGGUGUUCCAAGUCCCGAAGGUGUUCAUCCCGGUGUGCUAUCCGUUUCUCCUGUGGAAGGAGGUCAAGCGCAAGAAGACGCUGCGGCGACCGGCACCGGGUAUGGAGAGCGCAAAGAAACGCGGGAAGUCCCGGCCGUUUAUGGUGUUGACCUUAUUCACGGUGUGCGCGGUAGUCUGCUGGAUCCCCAGUACGGUUUAUUAUGAGAUGAUUAAGUUUAUACCGCCUCGGAAGUUGGAGACCCUGCGGAAUGUGCAGGGGACGUUGUUCCCGCUGCAGGCGCUGCUGGAUCCGGUGUUCUUCUGCUUAAGUUUGCGCAAUGUGCAUGAUUAUAUUGUGAAAGUGUGGCGACGGGUGUGCAAACGGGAGAAGAUCGCUAGCGCACCAACUUCUAUGAAAUCGAAUGUUACAUGA